AGCCGCUGCUGAACCAGCGGAGAUGCUCGCGCAGCGCCUAAUUGCCGUGGCCCUGGCGGCCGUUGUGCUGGCCAAUGCUGCCACCGCAGCAGUAGGCGAUGCGCAGGAAGAAAUGGUUUCAGAAUUAGAUGAUUUUACUACCAGCCAAAUAGAAGUGGUAAACUUGCACAGAGAGAAAAGGCAGUCAAGAAGAAACCAAAAUAUUUUUGGGUUAUUGUUUCAACUCAUUGGUGAGACUCGACGUGAUAUUCAGAGGACGUUCAAUGAAAUAGCGCGAACUGUGGAGUCUGGUAUUGUGGACGAAAACACAAUCGUA